UUUGACCUCUCAAUUUUUGAAAACCUUCUCGAAAAACAAUCAAUCGCUUCUGGAUCUUUAUUAACUCCAGAACAGAAAAACCAGGUCUCUAAUGUUCGUGCUCAACUUGGAUUACAAUCUUUUGAAGUUAUGUUUGCUGUUCAUAGACUUGAUUCAAAUAUUCUCAAGCCAGCCCAAGUCCAUUUGGUUGAAUGUAUUGCUCCAACUAAGUCUGAUAUUCGUCGUUUUGCUUUAUUUGAACAACAACAUUCUAAUAAUAAUAAUUCUGGAAAUAUUUUGUUUGAUAAAGAUGAACAAUUUGUUAUUGAGUUAUCCAAAAUUGAACGUUUACGUGAGAAACUUGCUGUAAUGGCUUUUGUUGGUGAAUUUAAUGAACGAUUGGCACAAUUAAAUAAACAAAUUCAAUGUCUUUCUUCAGCAGCUACUUUACUUUAUAAUUCACCUCAUUUCCACAUGCUUUUACAUUUAUUAUUAAUUGCAAUUAAUUUAUUAAGUGGUGAUUUUACUAUUAAAUUAAUUAAAGCAUUUCGACCGUCUAAAUUACAAUCAAUUUGUUCUUUUAUUUUUCCAAAUGGUUUUUCUUUAUUACAAAUUCUUGCAAAAAUUGUUGAAAAACAUUAUCCAGAAUUGGCUAAUUUUGUUAGCAACGAAAAGAGUUUGGUUAUUGGAGAGGCUGCAAAAGUCAAUUUUGCUUCUAUUUCCAAAGAAUUACAUUCGUUAGAACGUGGACAAUCACUUGUUGAAGAAGAGUUAAUUUAUCUCACAGAGGAAACAACUACUAAUAAUGGGUGUGGAAAAAGUCAACAGCAACAACAAUUAGCUGCUUUUUCUGCUCAUUUAACUACUGAAAUUGUUCACUUAAAAGAGUCUAUACAAAGUUUAAAGAAUCAAUUAACUAAUACAUUAAACUUUUUUGGCGAAAUUGAAGAAGAAGAAGAUUAUGAAGACAAUAAUAAAUAUUCUAAUAAUAAUUUCCAAAAAUUAUUCCAUCCUGAACGUUUCUUUGAAGUUAUUGCUAAUUUUUUGGGUGAUUUAAAUGAAGAAUUGAGAAAUCAGUAA